AUGGCCAAAGCAAGGAGUACCCAAUCAAAACACUCCCGUGCUGCCAGGCGGGCAGCUUCUCCGAGUCUUGAUGUCGACAAGUCUCUGACUUCACUCCCUCGAGCCCAGGAGACUGCGCUGCAGCGCGACUCCAUUCUUUCAGAUCGCGUAAAUUCCGGCGUGACGAAAAAGCAAUCAAAGCCUAAAACCAAAUCCCGAUCGCAGCUUCGAAAACAGCAAAAGGGUAUUGAAAGAGCAGAAAUUGUUCUAGAUCAGCUGGAGAAAAAAGUGUCUAGGAGUGUCGGUCGAGCAAAAACCGUGAAAGCACGCAGGGCCGAAUGGGAGGACUUGAAUCGAAAAUCGUCUGUGUCUAAAUUCCAAGCUCUUGAUGAUACUGAGGGCAACGAUGGUGAUGAUGCUAUGAUCGAUGACUCCAGAGCUCCUGCAAAAGCGAAACCUAAGCAGCGGCAAGAAAUUGUGGUCCAGAAUCCUGUAGUAGAUGAGCCCAAGGGUAUUGACGUGGAUGACGAUAUCACCUGA